AUGCUAAUGUAGUACCAUCAGGAGAGUAACAAAUUGAGUAAACUGUAUUAGAAUGACCAUCUAGUUUGGCUUUUUAUUCUCCUGUCUUUACAUCCCAUAAACGGAUAGAGUUAUCAUCACUACCAGAUGCUAAUGUAGUACCGUCGAGAGAGUAACAAAUUGAAUAAACUAUUCCAGAAUGACCAUCUAAUUUGGCUUUUUAUUAUCCUGUUUUAACAUCCCAUAAACGGAUAGACUUAUCUGAACUACCAGAUGCUAAUGUACCAUCAGGAGAGCAACAAAUUGAAUAAACUGUUGAUUAAUGACCAUCUAAUUUGGCUUUUUAUUGUCCUGUUUUAACAUCCCAUAAACGGAUAGAGUUAUCAUCACUACCAGAUGCUAAUGUAGUACCGUCAGGAGAGAAACAAACUGAAUAAACCGUUGAUGAAUGACCAUCAAAUUUGGCUUUUUAUUGUCCUGUUUUAACAUCCCAUAAACGGAUGGAGUUAUCUGAACUACCAGAUGCUAAUGUAGUACCAUCAGGAGAGUAAUAAAUUGAAUUAACACUAUUUUCAUGGCCAUCUAAUUUGGCUUUUUAUUAUCCUGUCUUAACAUCCCAUAAACGAAUAAAGUUAUCCCAACUACCAGAUCCUAAUGUUGUGCCAUCAGGAGUGA